UGUAAGAUACAAAUCGAUUCACAAUCUUGUUUAUAUUCUCCAUUUUUGACUGCCAAAAGAGCUGCUAGACUCUCUACUUUGCAUUGCAACGCCAAUCUCAUUUCUCUGGAAAUCCAUGGAAAUUCCCUACAACAAAAAUCUGGCCCCAUCUGCUCUGUUUGCAGGCACAGCUGCAUCAUGCAUCAGUUACUGGCGGUUUGCCUGCUGUCUCUUUUCUCUUUGCUGACUGCAGACUCGUCCAAGAAGGGACGCAACUUCACUAUCCAUUCAUCACAGCUUAGCUGCAGUUUGCCAGGCCCUCAGGGUCCUCCAGGGAGUCCAGGUGCAGCAGGUCCCAAUGGUAACGUAGGCAAGAUGGGGAUGCCAGGUGUUGAUGGCCAGGAUGGGAAGGAUGGUGACAGGGGAGAGAAGGGAGAGAAAGGUGAACAAGGUCGUCCUGGGAACCCUGGAAAAUAUGGACCACAAGGACGCACAGGACUUGUUGGGAAGGCAGGGCCAUGGGGCCUUAAGGGGGUGCGAGGGGCACCUGGUGUGUCUGGAGUUCCUGGGAUAAAAGGAGAGAUGGGAGAUGUGGGGGAAACGGGCGCUGCCGGAGGCUGUGACUGUGGAGUAGAGGCACGAUCUGCUUUCUCAGUAGCGGUAACCAAGAGCUAUCCCAAGGAACGCACGCCCAUUCGUUUUAACCGGAUUUUAGUGAACGAGGGUAACCAUUACAAUGUCACCAGUGGCAAGUUUAACUGUGCGAUUCCUGGUGUGUAUUACUUCGCAUAUGACAUUACGUUGGCUAACAAACAUCUGGCAAUCGGGCUUGUCCACAAUGGCCAGUACAAGAUCAAAACAUUUGACGCCAACACAGGAAACUAUGACGUGGCCUCAGGAUCAACAAUACUUAGACUGCAAAAAGGAGACCAGGUCUGGCUUCAGAUCUUUUAUUCAGAACAAAAUGGACUGUUUUUUGAUCCAUUCUGGACUGACAGUCUUUUCACAGGAUUUCUCAUUUUUGCUGAUCAGGCUGCUUGAAAUGAGGUGAAGACCAAUUCUGGAUCAUCCUGAUUGAACGUUUUAUUUGUUUUGUAUACAUUUUACAAAAAGGCCCCAAUAACCUGUUUACAAAUAUU